AUGCUAAACAAACUUGAUUUCGAAAGUGCACUCUAGUAGGAUAAGGGGUUAUUCGGAGCAAAUAAUUAGCUUAAUAUACAUAUUCCAUAAGCUUCUAAUAAACCUAAUCUCUUUGGGCCCAAUCCUAAUCUUGCAUCAGGGGGAUUCGUUCAAAAUAAUGAUUUCUAGAACUAAAGUUAAGAAGUGUCAGGAAAAAGCAAAAGAGAUCUACUUUGGGAAUAAAAGAGAAAACAGAAACUUGAUAUUGUUAACCCUGGUAUGAACAAAGAUAAUGGGGGUGGAGCAGCAGGCUUGCUUGAUUAGAUGAAUCCUGCCAGUAGGUAAAAGUUUAUAAUGCCUUAAGCCAAUAAAACUCCAACAAUAGAUUUAGCCCCUCAAAAUUUUUAGAGAGAUCCAUAACCCUAACAAGACUUUAACUUUCCUAAUCAAUAAAACAAUCAGUUUUAGCCUUAAAAUUUACCUCCACCAAUGGCUCAGAUUAAUUAUCCACACUAAUAAAUUGUAAAAUAAGAAAGUAAUGAUGGUUGGAUGUAGGCCUAGUAAGUAAGAUAAAAUAUUUAGAUAGCUCUAUAAUAGCAAGACCCUUUUUUCAAUCCCCAACCAAUUAUUGAGAGGUAAACGCCUAAUUAGUUUUAGAUGUAAAACAAUGGAGCAUUUAAUCAACCUUAGUCUAUCAAUCAGAAUGAAGCUUUCAAGAAUAAUAGCUUCCAAUAGUAAAACAGCAAUCCUUAUGGUCAGUAGUAAAUUUAAUUUGAGUAAAAAUUUAACGCACCAGCCCCAAUUCAAAACUUUUAGCCAAUAAGUACUCCAAGCUACUAAUAAUAGCCUCAGAAUAUUUAGUUUUAGUAACCGUAACAAUAGUAGCAAUAACCACAAUCAAAUUAAAAUGACUCAUAGAGAUAAUAACAAGUAAUGCUCCAGAUGCAAGAAGAGAAAGCCCAAAAAUAAAAAGAAUACUUGAUGCAGAUUUAAAAUGAAAUUAAGGAAAAAGAGGAAAAAAAGAAAAGAGAAAAAGAAGAUAGAAUCAGAAGAGAAAGGGAAGAACUAUAAAAGAAUAUGAAUUAUAAUCCAUUCGGAAAAGGAGGUGCAGGCGCCCCUGUAAGAGAUAAUCUGGGGAAUGUUUAGGCUCAGAGAAAGCCUGUUUAGGAUAACGGCCAAAAUUAGCAAAGAUAAUAAAUGCAACAAUCACCCUAUCAAAAUUAAAUGAUGAUAGACCCAUAUUAAGGAAUGAUGAAUCCUCAACAAUAGUUUCAACAAAAUAUGAUUAUGCCUUAAAUUAACUAAUAAGUACCAUAAUAUAUGUAAGCUGACAUAAAUCCUAUGGUUAUUCCUUAGAUAUUACCUGCACAAAAUAUAUAAAUGCCAAUGAACAAUUUUUAAAUUCCUCCUCCAAUAGGCUAACCAUAGCCUUUCAACCAAAUUGAUAUUCAAUCAUCCCCUUAUUAAUAAUUUGGAAACCCUAAAAUGAGAGCACCUGAUCCAAGUCUCCAAUUUCAGAAUGACGCAUUUAAAGAUUUGAAUAAAAAUUAAGCACAGCCCACCUAAGAUCAGGCAAACAGUUUAGGAAUAGGAGCAUAUAAUGAAUUUGAUAAAGAAAGGUAAAAAGAUUAAAAAAAGUAACUUAACGAUGUCUUAAGACAAUAAAUGGAAGAAUAAAAAAGAAGAAAAGAGGAAGAAUAAAGGAAAAAGAAAGAAGAAGAGGCAAGAGAAGAGGAAAGAAUUAGAAAAGAAAGGUAAAAAAUGGAGGAUGAAUUCAAGUAAGAAGAGAACAAGAAAAAAGCAAAAUUCAGCGAGAUAUAACAAGAAAAUGCUAAGUUAGUAGAAAAUAAAGGUUAGCCGAAGAAAAGGGUUUAGAUCGCAGAAGAUAAUUUUUAAAACUUUGUUGUUGAUAAGCCAGGAAAAAAAGUUGACAUUUUCGGACAAAAUUAGAGUGUGAUAAAUCCGUUAAUGAACGAUAGUCUAGAUCAUUAAACUUAAAAUAAGGGUAAUAGACAAUAGUCUUUCUAAUUAGAGCAACCUAGCCCAGGAAUGAAUCAAACAAGAAUAAUAAGUGAAAUAAGUAAUGAAUUGAAAACUAAUUUCAGGGAGGAAAUAGGCAAGCUAAGAGAAGAAAUGAAUAGCUAAUAAAGAGCAUUUAGAGAACAGCUUGAAAGAUUAAAAGUUGAAACUAACCAUUCAAAUCACCAGAAAUAAGAUGCAUUAUCGGAAAUAGAGAAAGUAAAAGCUGAAUUAAAAGCUUAAAGGGAGGCUGAGAGACUUUAAGAACAAAAAUUAUUCACUGCUUUAGAUAAACACAAUCCUCAUAAGCCUCCCGCUCCUUUAGAUUUGCUUAACAAUUAUGAUAAGCCAGGUGGAAUUAAUUUAUUAGCAAAGCCAUAAAUUAUCAGGAAUGAUGUUAAUAGUCUAAAUUAAGGUCAAGGAUUUCCUGGAUCUUAACAAAUGCUACCUGAAUAUAACAACGGAUUUUAAUUAGAUAGUUCCUACUAUAAUCAUCAAAGAAAAGUUGGAGGAAGCAGAUAAGAAUCAAGAGAUAGCUAAAGAAAAAAAGAAAUUAAUAACUAUGAAAAAAUGUUCUUUAACAACGUUCCAAAUAAAAGUUAGAGUUAAUCAAGAGAUUAAUAGCAGAGACCUCAAUAUAAUUUAAAAGAAGAAAAAUUAGUAUAGUUUAAUCAAGACCUUUUCAACCCAGAUCUCAAAACUUAUAAUCCAUACGAUUAGUAGUAGUAUCAACCUAAAAUAAUGAAAAGAGGUGAUUCCAUGAUCAAUAAUGUAAAGUAAAUUGAUCUAGGAGAGUCAUUAGAUGGAUAAAGUAGUUUGCUUCCGAUUGGUGCAAUCAAUGGAAACUAAAAAAUGAAUUAAAUCCCAGAGUAAAAGCAAGUUCAAUAAAUGCCAUAAUAAAAAAAUCCAUACUCAAACCCCUUUGAAAAAGAAAAUAAAUAAAACAAUGGAUACUCAUAUUUUGAACAACUAAGAGAUUUGGGUGCAGGAAAUGUAAGAUUAGAUACAUAAAGUAAUGAGGAUACAAUGGAUUUCAUUGAAAGAAUAGUUAAUGGGGGAGAGAAAAAACCAAAGAAAGAUGAGGGUGGAUUAGCAGAUAAACUUGAUAUCGGUAUUAACUUUAAUUUACCGUAGAUUCCUCCUUAUGAAGGAAUUCAGACUUAAAUUCUUAAAAAUGACUAUAAUAAAGUUCCAUAGUUCAAUCAAAAUAAUAGUAAUAAACAACAAAUUAAACAGCAAAGUUUCCCAACCUAAUAUAACGAGACCCCUGAUAUUUUCUCAUAAGGUUUAGGUGUUAUAGCUCGGAAUAAUCCUGAUGUAGGCAAAAGUUUAGGACUAGAGGGAACUAUGAAUACAAUGGGGACAUUAAACUCUAUUAACCUAGAAAACCUCAACAAAAGGAAUGAAGAUAGAAUGGCAAAGCUGGGUUAAGUUUUUACUGAUCUAGAUUUAACAUAAAAUACUCAGGUAAACUUUGGUGAUGUCAAAAACUAUGAACUGCCUAGUAAAUAUCAAAAUAAUUUUGAAAAUUAUAACAGUGGCAAUCAGUAAAGACAAUAUUAGUAAGAACCAAAAUAAGAAAAGGGUGGUGAAGAACUUAAAAACUUUGAUAACUUACUUUUUGAUCUCUUAAAGAGUGAUCCCAAGCCCAGUAAUCAAGAUAUGAAUAGAAUAUCUAGUUCAUAGGGUAGAAUUCCACAUAUUAACUCUAAGAACAGCCAAUAAAAUCUUUAAAUGAUGAGACAGACUAAAGAUUAAUUUAUGGCUCCAAAACUAGGACUAAUUAACGAGGAUGGAGGGGAAGAAUUUGAGGGUACAUUUAAAGCUUAUAAAGGUGGAAAUAAUGAAAACCUAUCAAAUGGAAAUGCUUUUAAGAUGCCCUCUGAUAUUCGCAGGUAUGAUUCAUUUUUAGACACGACUAAUCUAGAAUUGCAUUGA